AUGAGGGUAUCGAAGAGGUCGCUUAACGCGGUGGCGGGAUGGGUGGGGAGGCAGCCGCCCAAGGUGAAAGCCUUCCUCGGCGUCGUGGCCGGGAUGGGGGCCCUGGUUUUUCUCCGCUUCAUUGUCCAUGACCACGACAAUCUCUUCGUCGCAGCCGAGGCCUGCCAUUCCAUAGGCAUCUCUGUCCUCAUCUACAAGCUCACCAAGGAGAGAACCUGCGCUGGUACUCUUUCCCUUUCUUUCCGUUCUCGUUUUCUCACCGAUCGUCUACGAUCUCGGGUUGGAUUUGAGUGUUUGCUUUUAUCACUUUGUAGUUGUCGAUGGGUGUGAGGGGACCGUGGGAAAGGAUGUCCCGAUGGGAUCGUUUGCGCCGAAAAUAUUUGUUUACUUAGCUUUCUUUUGAGGAUGUUUGAAAUUCGCUGAAUCUUCGUCGCUCUAGGGUUUCCAGCGAAUCUUUGCGGUGUAAAGUUUCUAACUUUUCACAGACGGCGGAGCUCUUUUUUUUUUUUUUUUGAUAGCUCGAAAAGGGUUAAAAAAUCAUUUGCUUUCGAACCAUUAAAAUUUCUGAAAAUUCGGAGGUGAAUGGCGUUCGGAACUCUGAUUCUUUUUCUCGAUCAAUGCUUCUGUUCUAAUUUCUGAUUCAACCAGCCGUUCGAGUUUCUUUUUCCCAUUACACGUGCAUCUAUCCUAGAAAAGGUGAUCAGAAAGGUGAAGCGCGUAACCUGUUGAAAAUGAUCUUAUAGUCGUCGAGGAUUGUAGACUAGAUGCCUUAUCCUAUUUUUUUUAUCAGGUCCUUUAAAGGCGAUUUACCUAUUUUUCAUGUAUAUCUAUCUUUCAUUAAAACAUAUAUUUUUUUAGAUUAUUACUCUUUCAAUUGCAGUUUUUUUACCUUAAAUGCAUUUCUUCGCUUGCAGGACUGUCACUCAAAUCGCAGGAACUAACGGCUCUAUUCUUAGCUGUUAGGCUUUACUGCAGUUUUGUCAUGGAAUAUGAUAUACACACACUUCUUGAUACUGCCACGCUUGCGACUACCUUGUGGGUAAUUUAUAUGUUUAGAUUUAAAUUAAGGUCCAGUUACAUGGAGGAUCAGGACAACUUCGCAAUAUAUUAUGUGGUAAGUCCUGUUUCAUCAUCUCUGUGGAUGCUAUUGAUCUGAUCCCUGUUUCAAAUUAUCCAGCUUUACAUGCUUGUCAGCUGCUUACCUUGUAGUUCACAUUCGAUGUUUUGGCUGGACUUUUGUUUCGCUCAUGUGACAAGUGCUGGUUUGUUUGCUAUGGAGUUCUUGCAUACUGUUGCUUGGAAAACUGAUUCAGAAUGACCCUCCUCUUUGAAAUUUGAAUUAAUAUGAUUCUAUCGUUAUAAAAAUAGAUGGUGCAUUGAUAUAUCUCUAACUACAAAGAUGGCUAGAAUUUCACGUGCUUUUAUAAAAGUAGUUCUUUUACUCCCCAAUCCCUUUGAUCUGACAUCCUGGUCUCUUCAAGCCUCUGUUUCCUACACUCUUCUCGUACAACAGUGGGCGAAACAGCAGUGGAACUGGUGUGAAUAGUGAGUGGACGAGGAAACAAUAGAUCGGGUUAUGGAAUGUUUCGGAAAGGAUGGUGCACCUGGAGGGCAUUAUUAUUUGUGCAAGGGCUCUCUAUGAAGUUAAAUCUUUCUGAAGGAUUGAUACCUCUUUGAGAGGAAGCUGCUAAGAACAAUGUUUUGGUUCUUUAAUUUUCAGUUCGUUGAAGGAAAGAGCUCGGCUCAAAGAAUAUCCAGAGAGCUGAUAUGUCGAAGGGCUGUAUGAUUUCUGGGAUUUCAAUGGGGAGACCAUGAAUUAUUAUAGUUCUGGAAGCACCAAAUUCUUAUGUUGGGGAUUUCAAAACUUGUGGUGAGAUGGAAGUUCUGAUUCGGGUGGAAUUUGGAAGGAAAAAAGUUCUACUUCUUGAUGCAUCCUUCUAUAAACCCCUUGAAGGAAUUAUCCAUCACUGAGAAGAAACGAUUGGUUCUCUAUGUUGCCCAUAAGAUUAAUUGAAAAAAUUAUCCAUCACUGAGUACACAUCGAAAAUAUUCAGUGUGUGACAGUUGUGACUCUCAACUUGAGAAAAUUUUAAUUUCAUAAAAGUUGGUUUUCGUUUUAGACAAGGUGAAGAUAGGCCAAGAGGGCUUUUGAUUGCAGAUUAGUGUGUUCUUAACUUCAGGGCGCGGCAGACAUGCAUUGGAGAGGAUAUGUAUAUCUGUCGAAUCAUUUCGUAUAACCCUCGUUAAUGGAUUUGGUGUUAGAUUCUUUUCUGAAAUUCAUGAACUCUGUUGGGAGUUCAUGACCAAAGAUAAAUAUUAGACCCAAAACCGAUAAUUGAAGCAGAGAAAUCGUGGCUCAAGGCCAUUUUUUUUCCAUAAAUUAUUGGCUCUUCUGUUCUUGGAAUCUGCCAGUCAACGGUGGGUUAUUCAGGAAGAUCUUAAUUUGUGUAUAAGUUCCUAAAUACUUAUGAGUACUCUAGUCGCUUAAGAUACAAUAUAAAUUCCCAGUCUUGGAAUCUGCUGUCGUAUGACAUCCACCAAUGAACUUAGACAUAUCCUUUUGGGUUUAUCAGCGUCUUUCAUUAUCUCGGACUGUCAACUACGUGACAUUUUCUGUGGGGCGUGUUUCCUCGUGGCUAUGGUAUCAUGAGGAUAAAGCUAUUUAUCUGACGAUUCACAUCAUGUCAUUUAAUUUUUUAAAUGGUAAAUUUGGCAUGAUUUCAAGUUCCCUCACAUAUUAGAAAAUGAUUAUUCAAAGGAAGGUUGGUUUCCAUUUUAUUGCUUUUCUAAAUUUUGUGCUUCCCAGUGACCAAUAAUAUUCCUUGACUAAGUAGGCUGAAUAAAAUCAUUUCUUAUUUUGAAAGUUGCUCAUAGUUCGAUCUGGAAUGAUAUAGACCUGUUAAUCAGAUCUUUGUGCCUGGAAGCUAAACAACACUUUCUCCAGCGUCCCAUGUUUGUCCAAUUCAUUGAAGCUGACUGGACAAUCUGGCUCUAUUUUCUGGCAGUAAUAGUCACUCCUUGCUUUUCUUUUUCUCAACUAUCUUAAACCAAGUCCAGACGCUUUUUCUUUGAAAUCUGGUUAUGAGCUCUUCACUUUGGGCAAAAAAAUUUGUCCUCUCUAGUCCGAUGCUUGCUACGACAUACUUUAUAUUUCUGUGUGCUCUUGUCCAUAUUUUCUUUCAUGAACGAUGAACACAUUAUGAGGGCUUCCCCAUCAACCAGUUUCUUUAUUUAUUUAUGAAACUAUUGUUGCUGAAUUGGUGAUGAUCUUAUCAAUUUCAUAAAAGAGCACUGAAUAUACGCAGCAUAUCUCCAAAUUAACAUCUCUUUCGGAAAUCUGAUAUCAUUUGGUCCUUCUUGUACAAGUCAAAAGAUAUCCCUGUGGGUCCAAUAUGUGUGAAGUCAAUAUCAGUGAAAGAUAUAGGGAAAUCAACAGCGUGCUGAUUGAAAAUUUUGAUGAGAAUAUCUGCUCAUUGUCAGUUUGAUGAGGAAAACAUCAUCUCCUUCAGUAAUGAGACCAUCUUCUGAAUGUGUAUUGAAAUGACGGACUUGCCCUUUUUAGCAUGAAAUCAACUCGAGGGUGUUUCCUUGAUUAGAACCCUUCUUAUGGCAUCCCACAUUGCACUCUUCUGGUAUUAAUACUAUUUUUGUGAGCAACCAGAGGAGUUGCCUUCUAUGUGAGUUUUUUUUUGCGGUCAUCAAAUCUUUUAAUGGUGAAGCUGUUCAUCUUUUUUUUUUUUUAAAUCCGAGAUUUAUCUUGAAACCUUUGGAACUUGUGCAUUUAUUUUUAUUUUUUUCUCAGAUGAGAUAUUUCACCUGGGUUUUCUGUGAUAUUUAUUCAUCGAUAUAUUUUACUAAUUUUUUAUUUUCAACAUCUGUCUACGCAGGUUGUGCCUUGUGCCGUCCUGGCCCUUUUGAUCCACCCAUCAACGACCCACAACAUCGUCAACCGGAUCUUCUGGGCGUUUUGCGUCUAUCUGGAGGCUGUUUCAGUGCUCCCACAGCUACGCUUGAUGCAGAACACAAAGGUACCACCAGUUAAUCACUUCAAUCUCCUUAACAUUAACUUGUUGAAGCGAUUUCUCAUCUCUCUCUCUCUCUCUCUCUCGCUCUCUCUCUUGUCUUCCAGAUUGUUGAACCAUUCACAGCUCAUUAUGUAUUCGCGCUUGGAAUUGCCCGGUUCCUGAGUUGUGCUCACUGGGUUCUCCAGGUCUGGUCAAUCAGCCCACCAAUCCUAUGGUUCCCAAUGUUGUUAGCUUAUAUAUAUAUAUAUAUAUAUAUAUAUAUAUAUAUGCAAGCAAACGUAUAUCAAUGCUUUUGUUUACAUUUCCUGGAAUAGGAACAUAAUUUUCUCCUUCUACGAGGAUAAAAAGUGGUUCUUGAUCCGACAGGUGCUCGACACCCGGGGCCGCCUGCUAACGGCCCUGGGCUACGGCCUGUGGCCCUCCAUGGUCCUCCUCUCCGAGAUUGUUCAGACCUUCAUCCUGGCCGACUUCUGCUACUACUACGUGAAGAGGUGAGCUCUCUCUCUCUCUCUGUUUUUCUCUCCUCUCUCUGAGAGUAACAGUGGUUCCUUCUCUCUCCUUCGCGGCGGCAGUCUUGUUGGUGGACACCUGGUGCUGCGCCUUCCUUCAGGGGUUGUGUGA